UAUAUGAACCACUGUCAUUGAGUUCGGUCAGUUCAUUUCGAAUAUAGAAAGAAUAUAAAGAUGAUGAUGUUGCCGGCGACAGCUUCGAUGACUGUCAUGUUAUUGACGGUUGCCUAUUAUGCACUACGUCGUCAAACUGACCAUAAUUAUUUUGUAAAUGUCCCUAUUCCAGUAAAUGGAUCAUAUUUUGAUUUCAUAAUUGUCGGUGGCGGAACAGCCGGUUGUAUUCUGGCCCAUCGUUUGUCCACAAGACUCAAUGCAUCGAUUCUGAUGUUGGAAGCUGGUGGUCCACAAUCUGUAAUUACCGAUAUGAUUGGCAAUACACAAUACUUGAUUGGCGGCGAAUUUGAUUGGAAUUAUCAUGUUCAACAACAACAUUAUGCUGGUUUAGCAUAUCCGAAUUUCACCAUUUCCAGAGGCAAAGUUCUUGGUGGUACGUCAACAACUCAAUGGGGCAUCUAUAAUCGUGGCAAUCCAAAUGAUUAUGAUAAUUGGUCACAGCGUUAUGGUUUGACAAACAUGACUUGGGAUAUGGUUUUGCCAUUCUUUUUGGCAUAUGAAAACAAUACUGAUAGUUCGUUACGAUUCAAUGGUUAUCAUCGUUCUGGUGGUUUGGUUUCAGUUUCCACAGAAACUGAACCCGAUCCUGUGUUGUUGAAUUUCCGCACACUAAUGAAUACUCUCGGUUUUUCAACAAUCGAUCUGAAUGGUGGUACACAAAACGGCACGGCAAUAGCACAAAUGUUUUAUAAUGCCGAUACUGGUAUCAAGUCUACGACGGCCAAUUCCUAUAUUGAAUCAAUCAAUCAGACGGCUAGAAUUACAAUCACAACUAGGGCAUUUGUUGAACGUAUUUUGUUCACCAAUAACACACAUGCAUCCGGUGUUGUAUUCACCAGGAACGGGACAGAAUAUCACAUGUUUGCCAAUAAUGAAGUCAUAUUGACAGCUGGUCCCAUCAAUACACCACAAGUGUUGAUGUUAUCCGGAAUCGGACCAAGAAUUCAUUUGCAAGAACUAAACAUACCGUUGGUCCGUAAUUUACCGGUGGGCAAUAAUCUUCAUGACCAGGUUUUCGUACCACUAUAUUAUCGUGUCAAUAAUGAAACUUUGAGACAGGUGGAUCCAUAUCCACGAUUCGAUGUGGCCAAUUUGUAUGGAUAUUUCCAUAAUGCAUCUGGUCCACUUGCACAUCAUGCUGAUGGUGUGACUUAUUAUUCGUCGUCACAAAAUUCCAAUGCAACUAGCUGGCCAGAUACAAUGAUUAUUUCGGUGGUGGAAUUUUUCAACAAUCUGAAUGCAACCGUUUCACAGUACGCAUCAAAUACCGAACAAUGGAGACGAUAUUGGACACCAUAUGCAAAUGAUGGUUACUAUUUGGCCAUUGAUCCUGUUCUCGCUCGGCCGACCAGUCGUGGAACCGUACGAUUGAAUGCUACGGAUCCACGUUCAGCACCUUUGAUUGAUCCAAAUUAUCUGAGUAACCAAACAGAUUUUGAGGCAUUGCUAGAUGUUACAAUGUUUGUCGUACGUGCACUUCAACGUUAUCCAUUGCCCGGUGUGAUGCAAUUUCCUCCCAUUCCUGGUUGUCCGAUUGUUGGAUGUUUAACAGAGACUUUAUGUGAAAUGUAUCUGCGUUGUCAUAUUCGACAAUUGGCCAGAAGUUAUUAUAAUUUUGCGGGCACUGCACGCAUGGGUUUGGCUAAUGAUACGGCAGCCGUUGUUGAUCCACAAUUUCGUGUCAUUGGCUUCGAUAAUCUACGUGUUGUUGAUGCUUCGGUCGUUCCAGAAGUGCCAAAUGGUCAUAUUAUUGCCGCGACAAUCAUGUUGGGUGAAAAGGCUUCCAAUCUCAUUGGUCAAGAUUAUCAAUGAAUUUGAAUGAACGGAAUUU